GCCCUGUCCAUUGUUUUGGAUAUUUUUCAUGUGGGGAACGAAGCUUACAAGCUAGCUUAUGGAACGUCGUUGGUUCUGUUUAUUUUAUAAUGCACGGAGAGGCAUGUGAGGCUUUCUCAGUCACCUCCAUAAAAAAAGAAAAAAGAAAAAUAAAGAAUAGAAACUAAACACAACAACUACAACAAGCUAACUGUAUUUGUACUAUGAGAAAGAGCACUCGGUAUAGCGUGUUAACUCAAGCGAAUUAACUGUUUGCUAUACAGAGUAUGUAUUUACAAUAGUUCGUAAAGUACAUAGGCGUAUGUAUUAUAAUGUUAACCUUGUAGUAAAUUGGAAAUAGACGUAUAAAGAGAGCUAAAAAAAUGGAUUCAGCACUUUUCAAAGAAACGGAUUACAGCAUUUUAACGACAGCUUCAGUGUUCUUAGUGACAUUUUUCCUAGUUUAUAUUAACACAAGACGUCAAAAAGGAGUGCCGCCUGGACCAGCUUUGUUCCCCAUUGUCGGAAAUCUCCCGUCGUUGGCUACGAGAGAUAUAUUGGGCAGAUUAAAUGAACUUCGGAAACAGUAUGGUGACGUUUUUGGACUAUAUACCGGAAGUAAACUUUUCGUGUUUCUAAAUGGUUAUGAUGUAAUUCAUGACGCGUUGAUAAAGAAAGGGUCCAAAUUUAUGUUCAGAGCUCUGCCAAGUUUCGAUCAAGAAGAAGAUCAACACACAAAAGGACUAAUCUUUUCGAAAGGAAGAAUAUGGAAGGAAGGUAGAAUGUUUGCAAUAUCUACUUUACAAGAGAUUUGUUUUAAAGAUAAAGGUUUUCUCGAACAUUUAGUAGAGUUCGAGGUAAAUGACUUAACAGAAACAAUACUUAAGUCUGAUCAUCCAUUUGAUAUAGAGCGCGUCUUGAACUCAAGCCUUCAGAAUGUGAUAUUUCAAGUCGUGUACGGAUAUAGAUUCGAUCUAAAUGAUGAUGGCUUGCAUUGGUUUCAAAAGACAGUACGAGCCCAGUCGAAAAGAUUCCUUGCAAGAGAAGUUAUUCUAAAUUGCCUUCCGUUUUUAGAACAUGUUCCUGGAGACAUUUUAGGUAUCGAAAGAAGUAGGGUUGACUAUGCAGCAGAAAUGCACUUUUUAUCAAAACGGAUUGAAAAGUUUGAAAAUCAAAAGAAAGGCACACAAAGAAAGACGUUUGUAGAAUGUUACUUGGAAAAAAUGGCUGCAAACAAAAGUAACGAAACCGACAGUACUUUCGAUGAGAAAGAUAUGAAAAUAGCAGCGCACCACUUAAUUACAGCAGGAAGCGAAACCAGUGCAUCUGUCAUUAGAUGGAUACUAUUGUACCUAAUAAGAAAUCCGCAUAUACAGGACAAGCUGUGUGCUGAAAUGACAAAUGUACUUGGAAACGAGGCACUAUCAAUUGGAGAUAGAAAACGAAUGCCGUACAUGCAGGCAGUGAUAUUGGAAGGACUCCGAAUUUCUCACGUGGUGCCACUAUCAUUACCUCAUACUGUUGAACAAGACACCUUAUUCCGGGGAUAUGUUAUACCAGAAAAUUGUACAAUAAUUCCUGUCCUCAGUACCGCUCUCAAAGACCCUGACGUCUGGGAAGAUCCCGAAGAAUUCAAACCUGAACGAUUUUUGAACGCGACAGGAAAUGACGUCAUAAUUCCAAAACAAUUCGUGCCAUUUUCACUCGGCCCAAGGUCAUGUUUGGGAGAAACUUUGGCAACUAUCGAAAUAUUUCUAUUUUUGGCAGGACUUGUUCAAAAGUUGAAAUUUUUACCUGAACAUGAUAAUGAAUAUCCAGACCAGAAAGGAGAACUUGGACUUACAUUUACUCCUUUAAAUUUUAAAAUGAGAGUUGAAAAACGUUAAGCUUUUACACGGACAGUCUUUGUACGAACUGCCAAAUGAAGGUAAACAUCUUCCAAUAUGACCAGCCAACAUAAUGAAUUCCAGUAUUGGACGCUGCAAAGUCCAAUAUAGUCUUAUAAGAUAGUUGAGUAAUGUUCGGUUGAGUAAUAAAUACUCUAAUAAUAAAAAAAAGGUAAAGGUCUUGCUUAUUAUAGUGUCACCCCUACUGAAAGGGCCAGCCAUUUCUGACUUAUGAGACACCUUUUGGUUGCAUACCAUGUACCUCCCAACUCCUACCACUAUACCAGGCGCCAGGCGGAUAGAAAUCGGUAACCAUUCAUUUUAACUACCUCGCGGCUCACGAAGCGGCCAUUUCGGAGAAAGUCCCACGAGAAACAUUCAUCCUUCAAUUAACGCUCCCCGUGGGGCUCGAACCUUCGACCUCCCGAUCCGAAGGCGGACGUCUUAACCACUAGGCCAACGGUACCGGUUAAUAAUAUGUAACCUCGCCCACAGCUGUGCAGGGACAGAUGAACAUUCUCUUAAUUUCACCAAUUCACCGUGUGUGAGGUAAAAAUUUUAGAUUUUGGUGCAAAUGUUUGACUAAUUCACAAACGGUUAAAUAUCUGUAUUGAUGCACUUGCUCCGCCUCCCCUUCAAUUUAAUCAAUAAGCCAAGCCAGUAAUCAAUUAGAUUUUACUAAGCAAGUUCUAACUAUAACGUAUUUCAGACCUGAAUUUAUAUUAUUUUAUAUAACAUUUUAUUUUCAAAUUGCUUGCGAUCAUGAUUGUCAACAAUUUAGUUUUCAAAUAUUCAUUUUUAAACAAAAGUCAAAAAGCCUUUAAACAAUGAAAUAUUUUCAUAGUUUAAGUAAAGUACUUCAAAUUGAAUAAUCUGCAAAGGAAAAAUGAAGAAAUAUACUCAGAAUAAAAUAGAUUGUCCGAGUUUUGUGCGAUUUUAGCCCUAUCUCAGUAAAAGGCGUUUCAACGUUUUUCAUUUUUGGGUUUGUUCAAUUAAAAUGAUUAUUUCUCGAAAAAGUGGACAAGGGAAUGAUCUAAAAAUAUGCACACAAGUUAUUGGUCUAGACUACAUAGUAUGGCUUACAAAUCUCGAGAAAAAAAACCACACACACAAAAAAAAACAACAUUUUUUUUGUCCCGUAAUGUCAGGCAACCCCAGUAAAAAGUUUUUAAACAAUCAGAACUUAUACUGGAUUUUUUUUAUUCAUUGACAAGACGUUAUAAUUCUUAUUGUUGUGAAAAGUUUUCGUUAUUUUUGAAUAAGUCCCAAAACUUGUUUCAAGUUACGCUUCUCAGUUUGUGAAAUUACAAAUUCUCGAGAAAAUAAAUUUAUGUAAUUAUGUGUUGUUACAAAAUGUAUAUAUUUUAUUUUCGUCAACACAGGUAACUCAUUCGCUUGCUUGCUCGUAAACGCACGCACGCUCGCAAAACACGCACCUACCUACAUACACUUCAUAGAUAUUAAGUCAUAUAUAUUUACAAAGGUUAAGAAACUGUGUCAAGUUUUAUUUUUUUCUAUAGU